CCACAACUCUCGCAAGUUGCAACUCCACUCUUCUGUCUGAACCCCUAGAAAAAAUCACUUCACUCUCGCUUUUCCCCGUCGAUCUCGUGUUUUCUGCAAUGUUGUGAGACAAAACCCUGGUUCCAAUUUGAAACCCAACUUCAAAAUCACAUCUUCUCCUCUCCCCCUCCUCUCGAAAUUUCGCGAGUUGUUCUCUCUUUGUUUUUUUUUUUGGGUUUUCGUCUGGUUUUGUUUGGGUUCAUUGCUUCCGAAGCUGAUAAUGGUUGUACCCACCGAUCAGGAGGGUUGUGAUCGUUGUCGCUGUUCUGUUUUCUGUCGGAGCUCUUGCUAUGACCUGUACUAACGAAACCCUAAAUGCUCUGCAAUGGGGAAGACAGGGGAUGAUCGGAAUCUUCCGUCCCGCGUCGCUGACGCCACCGGAGAAGCUGUCAGCGGUUCGUCGGAGGGAAAUGCGCGGCGCGGCGGCGGCGGCUGCGAUCGGAUCUCGGGGCUUGUCGGGUUCAAAUGUCUCUUCGUGCUGAUUAUCUCCGUCGCGUUGUUUCUCUCCGCUAUGUUUUUACUGCCCCCGUUUGGUUACGACACAGAUCCAAGGGAUCCGGAUCUCGAUCCCAGGUUUAGAGAUCAUGAAAUAGUGGCGAGUUUUGAUGUCGGGAAGCCGGCUUCUUUUGCGAAUCAAAAAAUUUUGCAGCUUGAGGAUGAUAUCUUUCAGGAGAUGAGCUAUGAUUCCAUCAAAGUGACUGUUUUGUCUGUUGAGCCUUCGGCUGGACCGAACACAACAAAGGUGGUGUUCGGAGUUGACCACGAUACGAAACACCGAGAGAUAUCUCCUCUGUCUUUGAAUUCUGUCAGGGAGAUUUUCGAAUCUUUGCUCAUAAAUCAAUCCUCUCUCCGGCUAACAAAGUCCUCGUGCGGGGAACCGUUCCUCUUCCAAGUGCUAAAGUUCCCGGGAGGAAUUACCGUGAUUCCGCCGCAGCAAGUGUUUGUUCUGCAGAAACCCCAGAUUCUUUUCAAUUUUACCUUGAACUUCUCUAUUUACCAGAUACAGAUAAAUUUCAAUGCCUUGGCCAGUCAGCUAAAGAAGGGACUGAAUCUAGCUCCUUACGAGAACUUGUUUGUAAGCUUAUCGAACUCAAAGGGGUCUACAGUGUCUCCCCCGGCAAUUGUUCAUGCAUCAGUUCUGCUAAGAGUCGGGAAUCCAAGGCCAAGAGCGAAGCAACUGGCUGACACCAUCAAAGGGUCCCGCUCGAAAAACCUCGGUCUAAACAAUACCAUAUUCGGUAAGGUCAAGCAAGUUAGCCUGUCUUCUAUCUUGCCAAACAGCACUAAAAACGGUGGAACCAACUCUCCGGCCCCCUCACCACUUCCCUAUAGCCACCAUCAUCACCAUAACCACCACCACUAUCAUCACCACCAUCUUAGCCCUCAUAUGGCUCCCAAGGUUUCACCGGCACCUGCUGCCAAAAGGGUAUCACAUGUCCCUGAGGCAAGCCCUGCCAAAGCUCCGUCCGCUCCCCCGGCCUGCCAAUUCAGGAAUAGAGGACGUCAAAGAGGAAACACAGGGACGAGACAUUCACAUCUGGCUCCUGCCCCUGCACCAUACCUUUCUCCCGGGCCCUCUGCCCAACCCCCACACCCGCAGCCACACACUCCAUCCCCUAAUCCCGGGACGAGGUCUCGUUUGGUCCCAAGCUCUGCUCCUUUGCCCCAUGUUGCGUUUGCUCAGACUCAACCACCUCCACCCAGAAGCCGUUCAAAUGAUCGGCGCCCUGACGAAGCUGCGCCCGUCUCGCCACCACCGUCUUCAUCAGAUGCAGGUUCAUCCGCUGUCAAGUGGACCAUCUUGCUCGUCUUGGUUGCGGCGGGGCUCAACGCAUGACAAUAUUAUAUAUAUAUAUAUAUAUAUAGUCUUCUAAGUUAUAUAUGAAAAGCCUCCACGUCCACGGAAAACCCAAGCUAAGUGUAUAAACUACGUCACAUGAACUAAACAGAACCAAAAAAAUACUGGAAGAGCUCUGGUCAAUUAUGGGUGUUCCACGCAAAAGAGUGUGCCUCCCUUCAUAAACCCACGCGACUGUUGUAUAUAAUGGACCGAGGGAAAUUGCUUCCUGGGUCAUGUAUUUUCCGGCGAAAAAGCCGCUGCCAAUGGUUUUAUGAACAAGCAAAGGAUAUCAUCCAUGUGAUCUUAGGGUUUAUAUUUAUCAAUAAAGGUCGAUAUCAUAGUUUCGGCCUGCUUGUA